AUGGCUCAAUUACCAGAGGAUCGUUUAAUACCUGAUGAACCACCAUUCACUAGAGUUGGCGUGGACUAUUUUGGUCCUUUUGAAGUGAAAUUGAAGAGAAGUCACGUCAAACGUUAUGGUGUUAUCUUUACUUGUCUUGCCAGUCGUGCUGUGCAUUUAGAAGUUGCGUCUUCUUUGACUACAGAUUCCUACAUCAACGCUUUACGUCGUAUCAUUGCACGCAGAGGUCAGGUGAAGAAAAUUCGCUCGGACAAUGGGACAAACUUUGUUGGGGCAAAUCGUGAACUUAGAAACUCGAUAAACGACUGGAAUGUGUCACAGAUUCAUGAAGCAAUGCUACAGAAAAACAUAGAUUGGCAUUUCAACCCCCCAGCAGGAUCCCAUCAUGGAGGUGUCUGGGAGAGAAUCAUCAGGACCAUAAGAAAAGUGAUGAACAGUGUUCUUCGAGAACAGAUCCUAGAUGAUGAAGGACUCAAUACACUUAUGUGUGAAAUAGAGGCCAUUCUCAAUGACAGACCAAUAACCAAGAAUUCCGAUCAUCACAACGACCUAGAGGCUUUGACACCAAAUCAUCUCUUGUUAAUGAGACAACAGCCAAAUUUACCGUCAGGUGUGUUUACGAAAUCUGACAACUACUGCAGACGUCGUUGGAGGCAGGUUCAAUAUAUGGCCAACCUCUUCUGGAACCGAUGGGUGAAAGAAUACCUACCAUUACUGCAAGAGCGUCAAAAGUGGCACGAAGUGAAGAGGAACCUGAAAAUCGGUGAUGUGGUUUUAGUGGUGGAUUCGAACUCUCCUCGUAAUUCCUGGCCCAUGGGUGUGGUUUUAGAGACUGUUCCCGAUCGUUUUGGAUUGGUGCGACAAGUUAAAGUAAAGACAGCAACGAACACUUUGAUGCGUCCAAUAGAUAAACUGUGUCUUAUUUUGGAAAUGGACGAACCUUCUGUGUGA